GUCACGUGCAGAUCUUCCGCUUCGAGUACUUGCACUUCUUUUUCGUGGUCUAUGUACAGCAUUGGUCCGCCGAGCUUGUCAAGCUGCAUACCAUGAUUUUUACAAGUCGUCAUCUCAUCUCCCUUUCUACUCCGCUUCAAAUGUCAGCCCCAUAUACAGCGUGGCCUGCGUUCGUCCGACGUCCGCGUGAGGAACUGAACCGUCUGAGAUGCACGUCGGUGUUUCCUCGCACCCGGGGCCAAUGCCUCUGGAAGUUCGAUGGCUAUAUGUAAGGAUGGAGGAAAUCGAUUGUCCGACUGUGGCUUCACGAAGGCCAUUCUUCGUCUAGCCUCUCGUAGCCAUUGGGAAGACAGUCCCAGAGGACUUGUUGAAUGGUGUGGCACUUGAACGAAUCACUUAUCGAUCAGCUAUUCCCAAGAAGCCUCGUCCACCCAUCUUUCGACUCGAGUGGUAUCUGAUUUGAUACCAUGUAUGGCAGCGAGCACGCACCCAGACCAGCCUCAUUCCUGAUCCGACCCCGUGCACCGUCAGAAGCGUCUCUGACAAUAAACGUGUUGUUCCUCGUCCGAGCCCACUGCCAGGGACGGCCCUGCAUUGCAGAACAGCAUGAGUACGGACGCCGUCGCCGUCGCAGCCCUAGGUCAGGUUCAUGCGUCUUCGGUCCCGCCGCCGCAAGCUGGGUCCCCGCAAGUGCGGCUACCUACGACCGUGCCCGGUCACUUCUUCGCGCGCGCGUCCGAUGUGGAGGUCUCCGGUGGAAACUUCCUCACUGCUUCCCGCGACAUCCACUACCAUACGGUGCGAAUCGGGGGAGGGAAUGAAGCAGGAGACAGAGGAAGUCUAAAGAAACGGUCAUCAGCAGGCGCUUCCACUGCUGCUAGGUCGAUGAAUGAAGCCAACGGGAACAUCAUGCUAGAGCCUUAUGGUGAUUAUUCCCAGCCCGAGAUCUACGCCAGCCAUCUAUCACGCCAGCAAAGAGGGUUUCCGUUGUAUUUCCCGAGUCCCCAGGAUAAUCUCCCAGAAGAGUACAAGAUGCGAGGGGUCUGUAUCGGAGACGUUGGCUGUGUCACUCCGGAAGGCAUCUUUGAUUUUUUCUUCAACGUCUAUCUUCCAGCAGAUCACCCCAUCAAUCGAGGCUUCGUCCCUGCGGGCUUCGUGCCAUUGGAGCCAUAUACAGCCAGAGAUAUUUUUCUGACGAACUACUGCCCCAGAACUUACGUGGUCUCUCCCUCUGUGGUCAAGCCACGGGACCCUGACAGUUUCCCAAAUGAGCUCUUAUUUGAAUGUCAAGGUCCCAGCGGAGCCUUGUUAGUACUUCCACACGGAUCGCACCUCGAGAAGCUGCGCAACGUCGAACGUAUCCGAAAAUAUGGAGAAAAAAACGCCGAGAACUGGUACCGAUACGUGAAUGGUCCAAGAGGCCGUCACAUGGUCAACGGCUCGUUGUACCUCGUCACAGGUUCCGAGAAGGCGCAGUCGGGAAGCAUGGCUACAUUUCACUCACCGUCCUUGAGAGAGAACUUCCCUCUACUCUUUCGAGAUUUGACACAAUCAGACUCUGACCCCAUUUAUCACUUUGGUGGCAGUGCGCACUCACAGUCUUUCUUCGCUCCGCUGGAGAACGGAAGGAGGCCUGAGAACCAGACGAUCUUCAUUCACGGUUUCACCAUAUCCCUGGGCGAGGGCAUCAUCGGUCGCCGCUUCGGCCGUGUCGGACUGGCAUCUAUCGGCGACUCCCCUCAGAAGCGUCACAGCAAAUUCGUCCCCUUUGUCUCUGGCAACAACACCAAGUUCCCGUUCAGUUUUUUUGGAAUAGGAAGGCACGGUAGACGUGCCAAGGAUGAAGACGCCGUGAUCAUCUCCCAGUUGUCUCCCAGUCCACAAAUCGUUCAUCCGUCGCAGAUUCUCAACGAAUUCAUCCUGCAACAGUCUCCCAAAGCCUCAGUCGUGAUCACUCAUGACGAUGACUGGUGCGACAUCCUGGAAGAUGACGGCACUGCAAAUGCGGUUCAAAGCGUCGUCGCUUUCCUGCAACAAAUCUGCGAGCGGUUCGACAUCGCAUCAGAAGGCGGUGCACGCUAUCUGAUUCCCAAAACCAGCCGCACCUCGACCCACAGACAAGCACUUUCUCUCGCUGACCCACAAGAUACCCCCAGUCACUCUAAAUCUACCCGCUCGCCCCGGAUAAGGCGCCACUCGCUCAACCUCCCCGAGCUGUACAAAUAUGAAGACCUGACAGCGAAUGAAGCUUCUGACGACGUCGUUGCUGCCACUGCUGCUCACGGCGACGUGAGAAGGAACUCGAUUCAGGAGACGGUCGGGACGAGGCCCUCGUCCCCAGCCUUUGAAUCGGCCAAAACUGUGGAUGCUGGUGGUGACGAGAAGCUUUGAAAGCUUUGUAUAGUAUAUGCGACCGCCGGUCAUUCAAGGUCUAAAACUGUGAUUAGUGACGUUGUGUAAUUGUACAGGAGAGGCAAAUAUCUAUCAUGCGCUGCGCUGUAACAAGAUCGUAUCUUUCCAGUCGAGAUUGGGGCCGGUUUG